UCCUUCUUGUAGCAAUUCUUUAAUUUCAAUUUAGGCGUAGGUGCAUUUGACAUAAGAUCACAUAAUUCAAAUGUCCUCUUUAUUUUGUUAAACUCUGUAUCAAAUUAAAAUAAGUUAAACAAAUUGAAAAUAACAGAGAGAGCGAAAAGGUGUGUAAAUCUUGUUUACACCAUAUAUCGUGUGUAUGGAACUUGUAUAAAUAUGCCUUCACCUAGACAUUGGUGUUGGCAAGGUAUAAGCCUUUAAGAAGCUAUAUCUUUGUCCUUUGAUACAGUAUGGGUAGGAUUUUUGUAGUUGCACUACUAAUCACUUUUCUAGUACUGUUGCAACAAUAUCCUAUAGCUUGUGUAGCUACUAAACGAAAGACGGUAACGAUUUUAAGCAUUGAUGGAGGUGGUAUUAGAGGCAUUAUUCCCAGCACUAUUCUUGCAUUCCUUGAAUCCAAACUUCAGGAACUUGAUGGAGCCAAUGGAAGAAUUGCAGACUAUUUUGAUGUGAUAGCUGGUACAAGUACAGGUGGACUUGUAACCACAAUGCUCACAGCUCCAAACAAGGAUAAUCGCCCUUUAUAUGCUGCAAAAGAUAUUAACAACUUCUACAUGGAACACGGCGCUAAAAUCUUUCCUCAGAGCAGCCGCAACAACUUCAUGAAGAAGAUGUUUAAUUUAUUUGGUGGACCAAAGUAUGAUGGUGAGUACCUGAGAUCGUUGGUUAGGUCGGAACUAGGCAAUCUUACUAUGAAGCAAACAUUGACGCAUACACUCAUUCCAACUUUUGAUAUCAAACGCCUUCAACCUAUCAUUUUCACAACUACUGAUGCCAGAGCAAUUGUGUCUAAGAAUGCGCGCCUAUCAGACGUUUCUCUUGGUACUUCAGCAGCACCCACUUAUUUCCCUGUACAUUAUUUUGAGACUAAGGAUGCUCAAGGAAAAAUACGUACAUUUGAUCUUGUUGAUGGAGGUGUAGCUGCAAAUAAUCCUACUCUACUAGCAAUUACUCACAUUUCAAGAGAAAUGAUGACGAGAAGACUGAAAUAUGAGGAUAUGCAAACUGUGGACUGCAAGAAAAUGUUGGUUCUGUCACUGGGCACUGGCACAGGCAAGAAUAAAGAGAAGUACAAUGCUGCCACAGCUUCAAAAUGGGGUCUUCUUAGUUGGAUGUACAAUCAUGGUGCAAUUCCAUUGCUAGACAUUUUUACUGAUGCAAUUACUGAUAUUGUGGAUAUACAUGUUUCAACUAUGUUUCAGUCCCUUCACAACCACAAGAAUUACCUCAGAAUUCAGAAUGAUAGUAUGAUCGGGGAGGCGGCAUCUAUGGAUAUUUCAACCAUAGAAAACAUGCAGACACUAGUGCAGACUGGUAAAGAUCUACUGAAGAAGCCUGUGUCAAGGGUCAACUUGGAGACGGGCCGCGUUGAAGCAGUUCAAGGGGAAGGCACCAAUGAAGAAGCUCUUACUCGCUUUGCUAAGUUGCUUUCAGAGGAAAGAAAGUUUCGACGAUUAGAGACAUGAAACUUAAAAAAUUAUUAUAGAUUGAGAAUUUGUUCCUGUAGAACACUUGCGUCAAAAAAUUAUCAAGAGAGCACCUUUAUAAAAUUGUAAUGAAGUUCUAUAAUUUCUUCAUUUUGUUUGUCAAAUUUCA